AUGUUUCCUUUCAAACCAUAUCCUACACAAUUUGAUAUGAUGAGUAAAAUUUUGAGGGGAUUGGAUAAAAGACAGAACUGUCUCUUAGAAAGUCCAACAGGAAGUGGGAAAACUUUGGCCUUGCUCUGUUCAAGUUUGGCUUGGCAGCAAACAGAAUAUGCAAAAUUAGAAUCUGAAAUAGAUGAGCAGAAAAACUAUGUUCCAUGUGAAGCCUGCCAGGAAAGUGAAUCAGAAACACUUUUAAACAAUAACAACAAUGACCAUCACAAAGAAGAACAAAAGAAAAAUAACAACAAUCCAUGCUGUGUACAAGAAGUUACAAAUGAUGAUACAUCAAAUGAAACCUUUACUGCUGUUUCUACACAUCACAUGAAUAACAUUUGUCCCGAUGAUGAUGAUGAAGAUUUUGUUGAUUUGGAUCAUCAUUUAAAAUCGCGACGAAGCAACCAGAAAACAAAACUAAGUCAUCCCCAUGUUACCAUAGCCUAUGAAAUGCCAGACCAACAUCAACAUACCCAUCCUAGCUGCAGCACAACUAAUAACACUCUGAAUACAAGUCCUUGCAAGAAACCUGUGUCCACCACGGACAAGAAAGAAUGUACGUGUCAGUGCAAUGAGAAUAAGGGAGGACGAACUCCCAAAAGAAAAGUACCUAUAAUCUUUUUUGGGAGUCGUACACACAAACAACUGAAGCAGGUGAUUAAAGAAUUAAAACAGUCACAAUAUAAGAAUGUGAAAAUGAGUGUUCUUGGUAGCAGAGACCUCAUGUGUAUUAAUCAACGUGUAAAAAAUAUGUCAUCUAUAACCGAAGGAUGUAAAAAUUUACUUGAAACAGACUUUUGCCGUUUUCACCACAAGUUAAAGAAGUUUUGUACACAAAGGGAUAUAAAAAAUGCUGGCCUCACUGAAGCUUGGGAUAUUGAAGAUCUUUUGAAAGUUUGCCGUAAAAAUUCAAUUUCUGCCUGUCCUUAUUUUCUUUCCCGGUCACUGCUGUCACAGUCAAAUAUCAUUUUUUGUCCAUAUAACUAUUUCAUUGACCCUAUCAUACGACAGAAUGUUGGAAUUGAACUUUCUGGGAACAUAGUAAUUGUGGAUGAAGCUCACAAUAUUGAGGGGUCAUGCAGAGAGGCAACAAGUUUCUCCAUUACCAAAACUGCUUUCAUAAACCUCAAGAAAGAAAUUCUAAAAUUGCUUACUUACAAUCAAAACUUGAAAGAAUACAAUAUUUUACUGAAUCUGGCCCAGCAGUUUAUUUCCUUAAUUGAUACUUAUUCAAAUCAACUUAACCAAAAGGACUUCAACCAAUCCUGCAAAAUAUGGUCAGGCUUUGAUAUUGUGGCGCAAAUGGUCAAUAUAGAUAUUGGUCCAAAAGAUUACAAUUUUAUAUUAAAUAAUUUCAAAAAUUUGUGUGCUGACAUAGAGAAAAGGAAAGAGAAGAAGAAUGUAUUCGUUUCAAGUUUGUCAAGUACUAGUUUUAGUACACUUGAACAGCUGUUUAUCAUUUUUGGAUUUUUCUAUGCAAAUGAUUUGAAAAAUGCAGAGGAUUUUAGGAUGGCAAUUGUUAAAAGUAUCAGCACUUUUCAGGUUUUUGAACCUGUAAAGAAAAAAUCACACAAAACAACUCAGUUACAGAUUCCUACUCAAGAGUUUACAUUACAUUUAUGGUGUAUGAAUCCAGGUGUUGCUUUUGGUGAUUUUCAUGCUACUCAUAGUGUUAUCCUGACCAGUGGAACUCUUUCACCAAUGAUUUCCUUCCAGUCAGAACUACAAAUGCCUUUUCAAAUUAGUAUGGAAGGUAGACAUGUUAUUACACCUUCACAGGUGUGGAUUGGGAGCCUUGGGUCAGGUCCAUCAGGAAAGCAGCUGAAAGCAACUUACAAGAUUGCUGAAACUUACAUGUUCCAGGAUGAGUUAGGAAGCCUUGUGCUUGAUGUUUGUCUGAAAGUUCCAAAUGGAGUCUUAUGUUUUUUGUCUUCAUACACAUUCUUAGACAAACUCACUAAAAGAUGGCAGACUACAGGAGUAUGGGAAAAAAUAUUAAAACGUAAAGCUAUCAUUGCAGAACCUCGUUCAGGAAAAAAAGAGGUGUUUGAAAAAAUUUGGACGCAAUUUCUACAAUAUGCAGAUGGACAGUUCCCUUCUGAAGAUGAAACUAAAUUUGAUGAUAAUCAUGAAAACAACAAUGAUAAUGAAGAUGUCAAAGAAGAUCUUCGUGAUGGAGCUUUAUUUUUAGCUGUAUGCAGAGGGAAACUGAGUGAGGGAACAGAUUUUGCAAACAACAGUGCCCGAGCUGUGAUAACAGUUGGAAUUCCGUAUCCAUAUGUAAAUGAUGUUCAGAUUGGCUUGAAGAAAGAAUAUAACGAAAUGCAUAAAACCUCUCGACAUUUGCUUUCUGGAAGUGAAUGGUUUGAAAUUCAAGCCUAUCGAGCUUUGAAUCAAGCACUUGGCAGAUGCAUUCGACAUAAAGAUGAUUGGGGUGCCAUAAUCUUAGUAGAUGAUCGAUUUUUACAUGGAGAAAAAUAUGUUAAAGGACUGUCAAAGUGGGUCCGGGCUAUGUUGAAACCACACUAUAAUUAUUAUGCUGCUAUGAAAAGUCUUGAACAUUUUGCAAGAAAAAAGUCCAAUGGUGAUAAUGUUAAUCAUGUUGACUCAGAACAAUCGAUUUUGGAUACAACACUUACAAAGAACACUUCAGAACAAUCUUUUAAAAAUAUGACAGCAAUGAAUACUAAACGGUUUACAAAUAGAAAGAAGCGCCAUUGUACAGGGGGUAUUAAUGCACCUCGGAAAAAAGUUAAAAGUAUUGUGUUUGAGCCACCAGAAGAAGAGAACAGUGAAGUUAUUUGCCAAACCUGCCAGGAAACAUUACUUACAGUUCAUCAAAUCAUAGCAAGGAAACCCAAAGUUCCUCCAUUUUUAAUGAAUAUAUUUGCCAAGAAUCUUCGUUCUACAGAAAUAUUUUUUCUUGACACCCUCAAGUCUUCUUGUGAAGAACUUGAUCAUCUUGUGCCUAUUACAUCAUCAGACAAUGGUAUUGCAUUGAAUUCUGCCUGGUUCCCUGAUUUGGCCUGCUGUGUCCAGUAUUUACAAUGUCCAAAAUGCCCAGCAAUUAAAGCAAGAAAUCCUGUGUCACCAAUUAUUGGUGCCAAAGUAGUGAUCGGUACAAAUGAAUAUUCAACAGGACAAGUGUGGCUCUUGGGAUCAACUGUAAAAAUUAAUCAUUCUCAUUAA